AUGUUUUUCCCAAUAAUUGUUUGUCUCUCUGUGAAUUCUCAAGAUGAGCUAGCAAGAUUUGGAUUGAGCGACGAGGAUAUCUUCGCAGGGAAAGUGAGUGAUAAAUGGAGAGAGUUCAUGAAAGAGCAGAUCAGAAGGGCAAGAUUCUACUUCAAUCUAGCUGAGGAGGGUGCUUCUCACCUUGACAAGGCUAGUCAUUUGCCGGUUUGGGCAUCCCUGAUGUUGUACAUAAAGAUUCUUGAUGCCAUUGAGGAGAAUGAGUAUGAUAACUUGACUAAGAAGGCAUAUGUUGGGAGGCUGGGAAAGCUUGUUACUUUGCCUCUAGCUUAUAGUAGAGCUCAAUCUGUGCCUAGUUUGGCAUUUCAGUAG